ACACAUAAUUACCCACACAUAAUAAUGUGUGGUAGUUUCGCCACACAUAAUUUCAAAAUGUGUAGGUAAUUCACACAAAAAAAUUUCAUUAGUUAUUGACAUUUAAAAUGUGUGGCAAAAACAUUUUCGUGACAUUUAUUAUUUUACGGUUAUUUUUAAGUUUUAUUUAUGUAUAAUAAAAUUUAUUUUUAAAUUUGUUGCGCCAACGUGGCAAACUAAUAAAAGUUAUUAACCACACAUAAUUCUAAAUUAUCUAUGUGUGGGUAAUGAAUUUUUAUCAUUAUUUAUUCUUAACAUGUAAGAAACGUGGGAAAAUAUUUUUAGCCACAUUUAUAUUUUGGCUUUAAUUAAUUAUUUAUGCAAAUCUUAAUUGAUGUUCUAACCACACAUAUUUUGAAAAAUGUGUAGGUGAAACAAUUUGAAACUUUCAAUUAGUUAUUGACAUUUAAAAUGUGUAGCCGAAAAUUUAUUUGUAACAUUUAUUAUAUGGCAGUAAUUUUUUUUUUAAGUUUUAUUUUAUUUAAUGCAGUUUAUUUUUAUAUUUGGUGUGCACACGUGGCAAUCUAUUAAUUUUUUUAAACCACACAUAAUAUAUGUGUGGAUAAUAAUUUUUAUAUUUAUAUUUUGACAAAUUAAAGUAAAUUUAAUUUUAAUUUUAUUUUUUAAACGCAAAUUCAAUUUAAAUUUGUAUAGCAUAUUCCUUUUCACUUGUAUUAGUAAUUUUUUUUUUGAAACGUUCACUUGUAUUAGUAUUAAUAGUCUUUAUAUGAAUUCACUAGCAAAUUUUCUUAAUUAAAAAAAAUUAAAUUGCAAAAUCAAGGAUUGAACCCGGUUACAAUAGGUUUCGCAACUUGGACUUAUCCAUUACACCAAUAACCUUAUGUGUAUUUUUAUACCGUAUACUAACGUUUUAUUUUCGGAUUCUUUGUUAAUGUUGAAAAUUUGAGGAUUCUUAUGUUUUAAUUAAUUUUUUUGUUGCCGCCAUGUUAAUUAUUAAAGUCAGCCGCAACCUUUUGUAUACACAAAACAAUUAAAUAUAUAAAAUUCGUAAAGAGUGGAAUAAUGACAUUUAUAAAAGAGAGGUAAUAUACAAAAAUACAUACACAAAACAAUUAUAUAUACAAUUAAAUUAGAACAAAUAAGAUGUUUCUACUAAAAAAAAAUUAAAAAAAUACAUAGAGCAUAAUUCAUGAUUUUAUUAAGUAAUUACUGUGGAUUGUUUUCGUUUAUUUUAUUUUUCAAAAAUAAUUUGUAUGUUAUAAUUAAGGUUCAAGAUUUAAAAUUAAUCUAAAAAAUAAAAUUAUUUUACUCACACAAUAAAUUUAUUUUACAAAAUUAUUUCAUUUUACCGCCAUUUUCUAGAACUCCCACUAACUUUCUAAUUUUUUUUUUUGAAACCUAUAUUAUUCUAAUUAAUACUCCCACUACUCCACUUCACAUCCCCACCAAAACAUCCUCUUGGCUUCCACUACUAAUCUCUUUGAAUUGUUACGUGACCAAGUUUUUUUUGUUGUUGUUCUCUCUCUCUCCACUGCAAUUUUUCACUUGGAAAAUGGCCGAAGCAACUGAAGCUAAAGAAACGGCAAAUGCAGAAAAAAAGAAAGAGCAAAGCCUGCCUUUCUAUCAGCUAUUUUCAUUCGCGGAUAAAUACGACUGCGUUUUGAUGAUUUUCGGCAGCCUUGGAGCUGUCAUACACGGUCUUCAAUGCCUGUUUUCUUUCUGCUUUUCGGUCAAUGGUUUCGGUAAAAACCAAAUGGAUUUGCACAAAAUGACACAUGAAGUUGGAAAGUAUGCUUUAUAUUUCGUUUUUCUUGGGUUGGUAGUGUGCUGCUCUUCCUACGCUGGAAGAGAUUGCAUGCUGGAUGUACACGGGAGAAAGGCAAGCUGGUGCCCUGAGAAGAAAAUAUUUGGAGGCAGUGUUGAAACAAGACGUGGGAUUCUUUGAGAUACUAUUAGUGUGAUUUUGUUAUGUAUAUUGAUGUUUUGUAUUGAUAUAUGUUAGUUUCUUUUUUUGUGAAAUAUAUGUCGUCUUUUUUAUUA